GGAAAACGGAUUGGUUUUUGGAGCGUUUGCAAUGUUUAGACGGAUGAUAGCAGAAAGAACGUGGCCGAAUUAUGCUACAAUCGCAAAUAUCCUGCCCGUUUGUGCUUUGCUCGAUAGCAGUCUUGCCUACCGGUUUGGGAAAGAGAUCCACGGCUACGCACUGCACCGGGAAGAACUGGUUGCCGAUGUUUCUGUUGCGAAUUCUCUCGUGGGUUUCUACUCGAAGAUCGGACGAAUGCAGGAAGCAGAAUCAUUGUUCAAAAGAAUGCAUACAAAAGAUUUGGUUUCUUGGAAUUCUAUGAUUGCAGGUUACACCUCAAAUGAAUUUGCAGGCGGGGAAGCAAAUUCAUGGCUAUAUUAUCCGUCGUUCUAGCUUACGUGAUGUUACAUCCGUUGGAAAUUCCUUAGUAAACUUUUACUCGAAAUGUGAUGAUCCAAUAGCUGCAUUUCGGUCAUUCUCGUUGGUUCAUAAGAAAGAUUUGAUAUCAUGGAACUCGAUACUUGAUGCGCUUGCCGACGGUCAGCUUGUUAACGAGUUCCUUCAGCAGCUACGUUGCAUGUUCAGAGAAGGCGUAGAACCCGACUCCGUUACUAUUAUAACCGCACUUCAACUUGGGGCUAAUGCUCGUCAAUCAGGUAUGGUUAAACAAGCUCAUGCCUUUUCACUUAGGUCCCUUACGUUGCUCGUAAAUAAAGAACCGACUCUUGGUAAUGCGUUGAUUGAUGCUUAUGCUCGAUGUGAGAAAAUGGAGUAUGCGUUAAAGAUCUUCGAGAGCUUAUCCGGAAAAAUGAAUGUUGUGACCUGCAAUUCUCUGAUAUCGGGAUAUGUCAAUAGCGGUUCGCAUGAUAAUGCCAACGUUAUAUUCAAGAACAUGAUCGAAAGAGAUCUAACCACUUGGAAUUUGAUGGUUCGAGCUUACGCUGAAAAUGAUCACCCUGAUGAAGCUCUCAAUCUGUUUCAUGAGUUGCAGAAUCAUGAAAUGAAACCCGAUACUAUGACCAUAAUGAGCAUCCUUCCCGUUGCUACUCAAAUGGCAUCGGUUCAGAUGCUGAACCAGUGCCAUGGCUAUGUGAUCAGAGCUUGUUUUCAAGACGUCCAACUUAAGGGAGCGUUGUUGGAUGCUUAUUCGAAAUGCGGGAAUAUAAACUCUGCGUGUAAGCUUUUCACGUCAACCAUUCAUAAAGAUCUGGUUACGUUUACGUCUAUGGUGGGAGGUUACGCGAUGCAUGGAAUGGGAGAAGAAGCUCUAGGGAUUUACUAUCAAAUGCUCGAACUUGGUGGAAAACCCGAUCAUGUUAUAAUCACCGCAGUCCUAUCUGCUUGUAGUCAUGCAGGGCUUGUAGACGAAGGUUUGGAAGUUUUUCGUUCUAUAAACGAGGUACAUAGGAUCAAACCGACCAUGGAACAAUACACUUGUGUGGUGGAUCUUCUUGCACGAAAUGGUCGUAUCACCGAUGCAUAUAGUUUCAUCACCAGUAUGCCCGUUGAACCGACUGCCAACAUAUGGGGAGCGUUGUUGGGUGCUUGUAAGAAUUACGAUGCGGUGGAAAUGGGAUGCGUUGUCGCUGAUCGUCUUUUGAAUAUCAAGGAUGAUAACAUGGGAAACUUUGUCGUGAUGUCGAAUAUAUACGCUGCUAAAGCGAAAUGGGAAGAAGUGUUGGAGAUACGGAGGUUAAUGAAGACGAAGGAUCUGAAAAAGCCGGCCGGAUGUAGUUGGAUCGAGGUCGAUGGACGGAAACAUGUAUUUAUAGCUGGAGAUACUUCCCAUCCGGUACGAACGAACAUCUUCGACAUGUUGUGUAACUUAGACAACAUGUCACGCAGCGAUUUCAGUUGUGAAUCGAGGAUAAUAUAAUAACGGUUGGUUCGGUGAGAUCCAUAGAAUUCUCGAUUCUAGCGUUCAAGCCAGUUUGUACGCAUCUCGACUAAUUCAAUUCAUUGGAAAACGUCCAACAAUCACGAGGUACUCAAACCGGUACAAAUGAUGUUACAUGUUGUCUUCUAUACACAUCUCUUCU